UUUAGUCGGGCAAUACUUUAGCUACAUAAGAUGGUUCAUGCUGGUCGCCGGCAUUUGGAGAGUAGAAGUGGACGAAUUUUCGACAAUUAAGAAAAAAAUCUACUCUAUCUACUCAGUUAUAAUACAAAUAAUUUGUACUUCGCCAAUAGUGUCUGCUACGUUGUACGUUCCGAUGCUGUUCAACAUCAACAGGGUAGCUGAUGCAAUUAGUAACAUCGGCAUAGUUGUAUUUUUCGGGAUGGUAAUAGCCAAAAUGAUGAUGUGCCAAACGAAGCCAAUAAUAAAUCUUCUCGAAGUGGCAUUGCGAACAGAGUUUCGUAUGGGACUUGUUGAUGCUGAAGUGGAAGCUAUAUAUGAGUCGCAUAUUAACUUGGAUAACGGCUUCAUCACAUUACUGUUCGCGUGGGCCAUACUGAUGGGUCUAUGUGUUGCUUCUUUUGGAGACGUUAAUUGCUACAUGUAUUUUAAACAAAACAGCAAUGUAACAGAGAAACCUGUGCUCGUAAACUAUUGGUAUCCUUUUGACAUCAACAAACACUACGCCGUCAUCAUGAUAGAUCAGAAUAUCAGGCCGACGGUGGCGUCUCUUUGUGUUUUCGUCGUGAACUCGUUUGUCAAUUGCAUAAUUAUCUUCGUAAGGCUGCAACUUAAACUGCUACAGCACAGUUUCAGGAACUUUGACAAGUUGUGUCUAGAAAGUGGGCAAUCAGAAGGAGGAAACGUGCUGAUGAUGCUCUGCGUCGAGCAUCAAAAGCUAAUCGAAUAUGUGCAGGACCUGAAUGAGUCUUUCAAGACGAUAACACUUUUGGAAUAUAUGGUCUCCUCGGUUUCUUUUGCUGCACAGAUUUUUCAAAUAACCGCCGGCGUGAGACCGUAUUUGGCAACGAUAAUAUUAUGUUAUACGAUAUUACAACUCUUCAUAUUCGCUUGGAGUUCGAAUGAGGUUAUUAUCCAGAGUGAGGAGUUGGCUAGAGCUCUCUUCGAGAGCGACUGGUUCGUUCAGGAUGUCAGAACUCAAGCUCUGGUGCAUAUCAUGAUGUUAAGGUGUCAGAAACCUCUCAGCUUAAAAAUUGCUAGGUUCGGCGUCAUGGAUUUAGAUGUUGCAAUUUCGGUAAAUCUGCCAAAUCAUUUUAAUCAAUUAUGUGCUAGUUCCAAUUUGAAAAAGGAUUUUUAUCUAUUAUUGUCUAUUGCUUUGUUUUAGAGACUCAAACUGGCAUACUCCUACGCGUCGCUGAUU